GGAAAGAAUGCCAAGAAUGUCCAUGUUUGUCCAGGUCUCCAUUCAGCCCCUGGCGCGUCACAGCACUCCGGCGUGUAUAAAGAGAGGGCAAGCUCCCGACUCCAGUCAGAACACUCCUCCUCAGCCCGAGAGAGAAGCAACAGGAGCUCCACUCUGCUCGACUACUACUACUACUGAAGCUAAACUCUAGCUUUCACCCGAGACCAAAGACGAACAGAACAGAACCAAACAGGACUGAACUGAGCUGAAAACGAAGAAGCCAACGGAAGAAAAAGAAAACUAGACCGGAGACCCUACGAAGGAAGGAAAGAACAAACGAGAUCGACUUGAUCAGAAGACCGACCAUUCGAAGGCAUUGCUCUCGAGAGAAUAAGGAAGAUUUUGAAGACCUGAAAGAAAUUCUUUUGUUGUUACUAAUCGAAGAACAGAACCAACAUGUCUACUGGACUGACCAUCCUGACAUCCCUCUUCUGCCUCGCGCUCUUGCACUUGGCUGUAGCCCAGGAGUGCAGUGGCCAGUGCAGCUGCCCCGAGGUGCCCCCCCAGUGUGCCCCCGGCGUGAGUCUGGUGCUGGACGCUUGCGGUUGCUGCCGGGUGUGUGCCAAGCAGCUGGGCGAGCUCUGCACGGAGAGGGACAUCUGUGACCCCCACAAGGGCCUCUACUGCGACUAUGGAUCCCCCAGCAACCGACGGAUCGGAGUCUGUACAGCCAGGGACGGUGCCACCUGCGUGUUCGGAGGCAUGGUCUACCGAAGCGGCGAGUCCUUCCAGAGCAGCUGCAAGUACCAGUGCACGUGCCUAGAUGGCGCUGUUGGCUGCGUGCCUCUGUGUGGUAUGGACGUCCGCCUGCCCAGCCCCGACUGCCCCAUGCCACGCCGGGUGAAGGUGCCCGGGAAAUGCUGCGAGGAGUGGGUGUGCGACUCCCCUCACCAGCAGACCUUUGUUGGACCUGUCCUGGCAGCUUACAGAGAGGAAGAGACCUACGGGCCUGAUCCCUCCCUGAUGAGAGACAACUGCCUGGUUCAGACCACCGAGUGGAGCGCCUGCUCCAAGACCUGCGGCCUGGGCAUCUCCACCCGUGUGACCAACGACAACCGCGAGUGCCGCCUGGAGAAGCAGUCCCGACUCUGCAUGGUUCGCCCCUGCGAGUCCCACCUAGAGGAGAGGAUCAGGAAGGGGAAGAAGUGCAUACGCACACCCCGGGUCUCCAAGCCCAUGAAGUUCGAGAUCUCAGGCUGCACCACCACAAAGUCCUACCGGCCCAAGUUCUGCGGCGUGUGCACCGACGGCCGCUGCUGCACCCCCCACAGAACCACCACCCUGCCCAUGGAGUUCAAGUGCCCCGACGGCCAGCUGAUGAAGAAACAGAUGAUGUUCAUCAAGACCUGCGCCUGCCACUACAACUGCCCCAGCGAGAACGACAUUUUCGAGUCCACAUACUACAAAAAGAUGCUCAACGACAUGGCAUAAGAGAGAGAGAGCGAUAAAGAAGAGAAAGAAUGCCAUGACUCAAGUCCCUGAUAAGACAGAGAGAAAGAAAGAAAGAAAGAAAACUCCUUCCAUCCAUUGACUGUUCACUUGAAUCCAACAGAUAUCCAUCUCAUUUUGCAGCACAAUAUUUGUUUGUCUUGUUUCGUUUUGUUCUUUCCAUGUUUGUGCAUUUGCAAUUUUUUUUGUCUCUUUUUACAAGGAGACAAAAUCUAUAUGAGUAUAUUCCGUUUGUAUAUGUACCAUUGUAUUGAUGGAUGUGUGGGGCUACUCGCCUGACAGACAGAUGCCCCUAAAGAGGGCUGAAAAGACCGAGGGCUGCCCAGUAGCCCUACAAAAAUGAAUACUGCACUAUAGUCCUACCUUGUGACAACGUGUCUUGUCACUAACUGGCAUAUACCAGUUCUUCUCCCCCUAAACUGUGGUGGGCACCCAACUAACUUGGCAACCUCUGAGCACUUGUGGUAGUGUGAAGGCGAGAGAAGAAAGGGAAGAAAAAAAAAGGGUAAAGAAUUUCAAAUUCCCCUCCUCCUGUUGGGAAGCUUAGAACCUUUACCCACCGGAGUGCAAGAUGAAUGUGCCCUUGUAUGUGGUCUUCACUGCGUGAGAGAGUGUUGCGGUGUUUAUGACAGGCCAAGGUCUCAGCCUCGGACGACUCUAUCCACCCCCUAAGACAAGGAGCCUCGUGAGAACGCUUCCAAGGUUUGCUACAGCACUGAGUUUAUUAAAAGAGAGAGAAAAAGAGAGAGAGAGAAAGAGAGAGAGAAAAAGACAAAGAGUGAUAGAGGUGUUUGACUUUGACUGAUUCAUCGUGUUGAAAGAGUCAGUAAUUUUUGUCAAAAAAAUAAGACUGGAUGAUUUGUAGUUUCAUUCCUUUUUUGUAUUUUAAUGUUGUAUAUAAUGUACAUAUUUUGUACAGUUAAAGUUAAUUUAAGUUUUAAAAUGUUUUUUUUUUUUUUCUCUUGCUUCGAUAUGUUAAUUGUUAGCUUAUUGGCUGAGUUGGCUGUUCUUGUGACAGCUGUAUGUACUAUUUUAUUGAGAAGUGUGACCAAACAGUUACAUGUUUUCACUUUUUGUAGUUUGAAAUAAAAUAUUAUAUUUUUUAUAUAAAA